AUGACUAAGAGCUCUGUGGUGUCCUCUCAGCGACGGUUGGAGAGGAAACUAAAGGAGCUGAACAUCACCCUGGAUGAGGAGAGACAGCAGCACACAGAGCAGAGAGACCAGCUGACUCUGCGUGUGAAGGCUCUGAAGAGGCAGGUGGAUGAAGGAGAGGCAGAAGCAGAGCGGCUGGAGGGAUUGAGGAGGAAGGCCAUCAGAGAAAUGGAGGAGAUGCAGGAACAGAAGGAGGCGCUGCAGUCCAAAGUCACGGCACUAGAGAAUGAGCUCAACCGGACCUCCAUCAACCAGUUCCUGCUGAAGACUGAGAGAGGAAUCUGUGGAAUGGUGCGUGAAUGA